CUCGCCACACAAUCAGUUAGCCAAAGCACGGCGUCGCGGCACGAUCGCUCACCGCCGCCAUUUUGAAUUUUCGAAAUUCUCGGUCGUGUUUCCAUCGUUUCGUAUUUACACAAAUGUCAACGAAACUACAUGUGAAAACCCAGAGAGACCCGAGUGUGUAGACGAUAGCGAAACCGAAACGAAUUUAAAUAUUUAAUAGUAACCCAAGCAUUCCAAAUUCAAACUAACGCUUAACAUUAAAUGUUGCCAUAUUAACAUUAACUAAAUAGUAGUACUCGAUAAACGAACGAAUAAGUGAGUAAUCGAUGAUUAAGUGAAUAAAAAAAUAGUGUCAAGAGCAGUAAGUGUGUGUCAAGGGGUUCAGCAACUUUCCUUUUGUAGAACUGUGUCUCGAUGACAUCGAUCGCGAUAAAAUAGUGGUGAAUCGUUUAAAAGUAACCUUCUCGGGAGAAUUGUGGGAGGAUUUGGCGGUCCUUUCGCAGUGUUCGUGAGCUGGUACUUGGUGAAACGGAAAGUGAUUUGAGAAAAAAAUAAAUUCGAAUUAUGAAAAGUGUGUGUGCGUGAUCAUGUCAAAUCAAGCGUAUUACAAGGAGCGCCUGGGGUUUGACCCCCAGGAGGAAGGUGUGAACGGGAACGCGUAUUAUGACGCGCCCCCUCCGCAAAAGAAGAGACACAGAGGCGAGCGAAAUGGAGCAGAGAGCCAUGAUCAUGUCUAUGAGGAGAACCUAACAAAAUUCAAAGGUACAACUUGUUGGGAGUUCUUUAUUCAACAGUCAGAUGAACGGGACGCCAUCCAGAAGAAAACGUUCACGAAAUGGGUCAACAAACACCUUGUAAAGCAUUGGAAAUAUCUGAAGACGUACACACGGCUACACGUGUGUGAGGUUGUGAACAACCAGCCAUGUUGUCCGCCCCAACAAGUGAACCGGCUCGUGAACGAUCUGUUCGAAGACCUGCGUGAUGGCCUCAACCUCAUCUCGUUGCUGGAGGUGCUUUCUGGCGAACAUCUCCCGCGCGAGCGAGGCCGCAUGCGGUUCCACAUGCUCCAGAACGUGCAAAUGGCGUUAGACUUCCUCCGGUACAAGAAGAUCAAGCUGGUCAACAUCCGAGCUGAGGAUAUUGUGGAUGGCAACCCUAAACUUACGCUGGGGCUGAUUUGGACCAUCAUCCUGCACUUCCAGAUAUCAGACAUAGUGGUGGGACAAGAACCGAACGUGACCGCGCGCGAGGCGCUGCUGAGCUGGGCUCGGCGCUCCACGGCCAAAUACCCUGGCGUCAGGGUGACAGACUUCACGUCUUCCUGGAGAGACGGACUUGCGUUCAACGCGCUCAUACACAGGAACCGGCCUGAUCUGAUAGACUGGCGUAAUAUCAGAUCAAGACAGGUUCGAGAGCGUUUGGAGACGGCUUUCCAUGUGGUCGAGAAGGAGUAUGGAGUUACCAGGCUUUUGGAUCCCGAAGAUGUGGACACCCACGAACCCGACGAGAAGUCCCUCAUCACCUACAUCUCGUCCCUCUACGAGACCUUCCCCGAGCCCCCCGCGGUGCACCCCCUCUUCGACGCCGAGUCGCAGAGGCGGGCCGCGGCCUACACCGAAAUAGCGGCCCAGCACCGCGCGUGGUUACACGAGAAAUGCGCCCUUAUGCAGGACCGUGCUUUCCCGUCAACUUUGAUCGAGAUGAAGAAGCUGCUCAGCGAGAGCACGCGGUUCCGCAAUGAGGAGGUGCCCCUGAGGCAGCGCGAGAAACAGAAGUUAUUCCACCAUUACAGGGAAUUAGAGAAAUACUUCGAAUCGGUGGGCGAAUGCGACAUCGAGCCGACACUGCGACCCGAAGCGCUGGAGCAGGCGUGGUCGAGACUGAUGAUCGCCCACACCGAAAGGGAGAGGGACCUCACUGAUGAGAUCAGGAGGUUGGAGCGACUGCAGCGCUUGGCCGAGAAACUGCAUAGGGAUAUAAAAGAAACCGAGAGCGGACUAGACAGCGUGGAGCGACACAUCGAGAGCGAGAUCCGGCGCGUGGAGCGCGGCGUGCACCCGGCCGAGGCCAAGCUGGCGGCCGAGCAGCUCGAGCGCGAGCUGCGCGCGCUCGAGCGCCGCGUGCAGGACUGCUUCCAGGACGCGCAUGCGCUGCGCGACGGCAGAUAUCCGCAGGCCAACGACCUGCUUAGGCGAGUGCAACAAGUCCACGACCGCUGGCUAAACGCCCGGCAGUCGUUCACGGGCCGGCUGUUGCCACGGCUGUCGUCGGUGCGGCUGCCCGUGCAGCAGACCACCGUCCGCCGCGAGACACGCACCGUCACUGAGACGAGGGUUCUGGACGCCGACCCCAAGUUUCAGCAGCUGCAUGAAGCGAUACGCUGGUGCAAAGAGAAGCUGAAAAAGUUACACGAAUCGGAAUACGGCUCGGAUUUGCCGUCUGUCCAACACGAGUUAGACAAACACCAGAGGGAACAUAAACAAAUCGACCAAUUCCAUUCUAAGGUCGAGCAAUGCGUACACAACCGCGCUAACUUCAGCGGGGAAGAGCUAAACCUGUACAACCAACACCUCAGUCAGUUGCAGAAGUUGUACGCUGACCUGCUGUCCACUAGCACUAAACGUAUAUCUGAUCUAGAUGCCUUACAAGACUUCCUCCAAUCAGCGACGGCGGAGCUCAACUGGCUCAACGAGAAAGAACAAGUGGAAUUAUCCAGGGACUGGGCCGACCCUCACAUUAAUCUGCCAGCGGUCCAGCAUUACUACGAGCAACUGAUGUCGUCACUGGAGAAGCGAGAGCUCCAGUUCAGCAAUGUCAUCGACCGCGGAGAAGCCCUCAUCGCUCAACAUCAUCCUGCAAGCAAAACGAUUGAAAGUCAUCUGCAGGUGAUGCAGUCGCAGUGGGCAUGGGUCCUACAACUGACGCUGUGUCUGGAGACACACCUGAAGCACACCACACAGUACCACAACUUCUUUGAGGAGGUCAAGGAGGCCGACAAAUGGAUACAGAAACGCGAAGAAGCUUUAAACACGACAUUCUCCCAAUCGGAAUUCACACUGGACCAAGGCGAGCGCCUGCUGAAGGGCAUGCAGGACCUGAGGGAGGAGCUGAACGCGCAGGGCGCGGUGGUCUCGAGGCUGGCGGACGAGGCUCAGGAGAUACGACCUGUCAAGCAGAGGAAGGCGCCUGUCACGCGCCCGUUGAGGGCCGAAACUGUUUGCGCUUAUAAACAUGCUAACGUGGCCAUAGAGAAAGGCUCGGCAGUGACAGUGGUCGACAACUCGGGCCGCAGCCGCUGGCGCGUGCGUCUGGGCGGCGCGGGCACUGAGGUGCAGCUGCCGGGCGCGGUGGUGGCGCUACCACCACCUUGUCAGGAAGCCCUGGACACUGCAUCCAGGCUCAGGAACGCUUAUGAUAGGGUGAUCCAACUAUGGCAGAGGAAACAGCUCCGCAUGAGACAGAACAUGAUCUUCGCCACCAUCAAGGUCGUGAAGGGAUGGGACUUCCCACAGUUUGUAGCGAUGGGCGCAGAACAGCGCCAGGCCAUUCGUCGCGCGUUAAAUGAAGACGCUGAGAAGCUUUUGGCUGAAGGAGACCCGGCCGACCCUCAGUUGAGAAGGCUGAGGAGGGAAAUCGACGAUGUGAACCGGCUUUUCGACGAGUUUGAGCGAAGGGCCAGAGCUGAAGAGGAAUCAAAGAAUGCCGCGCGGAUCUUCACGGAACAAUCGUCGAACCUUCUGGAACGUCUAGACGUCCUGGAGAGGCAGUUGCACGAGAGGAUCGCCAGCCACAUCCCGAGGGACCUGGACUCCUUGGAGCAUCUGGUGCUGCAGCAUAAGGACUGGGAGAGCAGUCUAUUGGCUCUGUCGGGAGACGUUGAGGAAGUACAAGCCACUUUUAGAGGUAUCGCCCUGAAGACCCCGGCGAUGAAGAAGAAUCUCGACAAAGUGAUGGGCAAGUGGAACGACAUGCAGUCCAAGAGCCAACUUUUCGUUGAAAGAUUGAAGUUUGUCGAAAUCGUAGUGAACAGUAUGGAGGAGAACCACCAGACGAUAUCUGAGUUUGAGAUCAAGCUCGCGCAGUUCAAUGAUCUGCCUAAUGACGUCGAACUGCUAAAAGACAUACACGAAGACCUGCUCCGCAUGCAAGUAGCCGUCAGCAAGCAACAAAUUCAAAUCGACCAGAUGAAUGACGACGCGGAGAACUGUCGCCGAUUGGUCGAGAGCUCGCGCGCGGCGCUUCCCCAUUCGUCGCUUCCGAGGUCUGGCAAGCAUAUAGACUUGGAGCGAUUGGACAAAGAAGUCACGCAGCUUAAUAAUAGGUGGAAUAGCGUGUGCAGCCAGUUGGCUGAAAGACUCCGAAGCUGCGAAGCGGCGUACCAACUCCUGCGCAACUACAACGCAGGGUUAGAGAAGGAAGCCGAAUGGAUUGACGACACUUUUGGCAAGCUACAGAGCCAACCACCCAUUGAAAUCAGGCCGAAGGAACAAUUCGAGCCCACCCGAAAUCUACUCACAAGUGUGGUGGAGAGGACGCCAAAGAUUGAAAAAGUUAACGUUGACGGGGGACGGUUCAUACGAGAGGCGAAGAUUCAUUCGUCGAGAUGCCAGCGGUACGCCGAGUGGCUGUGCGAGGAAGUUCACCCGUCCAUAGACAUGAAACACAUAAGGAGACAAGCUGAGGUGGACAUGGCGGAGAAACUGAGGAACCGAGGAAGGAAUAUUGACCCGGAGAAGCUGCCCACAGGCUCUGAGGCUGUGGCCAAAGAGCUGGAUGAACUAAACGCGAAUCAUCAGAGAUUAUUGGAUAUGCUAUACGAAAGACUGAGGAGAAUCGCCGCGGCCAAUCCGGGAGACAUUGUUACUUUGCGUCUCGUGGAGGCUAUGGCUCCGCGGUCGGCGCGCUCCUUCCGCCAAGAGUUCAACAUGCAGGACCUGGCCACUACCACUGAACAUACAUACACACAGUAUACCUCUGAGAAAUAUGUCAGAACGUCACAUUCCGAGCUAGACGCGCCUAAAUCUAUGGCCAAUGGCAAACUAAAUUCGCCUAAAUACACAACUAAAACAAUCAUCACAGAUGAUGACAGACCUGACUUAAGGAAUCUCAAACGGGUCCACAAAAUGUACGAAGGACCUAACAUUAUAGAAUCCAGAGGUAUAAUCCACCCUGAAACCAGGGAAAUACUGACAGUAGGACAAGCUAUUACUAUGAGAAUACUUGAUGUAAGAACGGGAAGACUGCUUUCUUCCCCUGAAAGUAGACAGACCAUGACAAUUGAACAAGCAGCGAAAGAAGGUCUUAUUGAUCCUAAGUUGGCUGCGCGGCUGACGGGGCCAUGCGGCAUGACAGAAGACGGUAACGAAGUGACAUUGCUGGAAGCGAUUCAACGGGAGCUGUACGAUGCAGAACAGGGAUUGACUGACCCAGCGGAGAAAAGAAUAAAGGUAACUGUGGAAGGCGCUCCUCCCAGCACACAAGGAAUGAGUAUCUCGGACGCCUUAGAUCAAGGCCAAGUCGAUCUUCAAAGAGGUCUAUAUAGACUGCCCAAUGGCACUUACAUCACGAUAUCAGAAGCUUAUGAAAAGGGCUACCUCAUUUACAACGAGAUUAUCAAAAUCAAAUCGAGUGUACUGUCUCUUUCAGAUGCAAUUAGUCAAGACUUAGUAGAUAAUAAUGGCUGGAUUUUGGACAGAAACUCUGGCGAUAGAUUCCAAUUGGAUGUUGCUAUUCAUAACGAACUAAUUAAUCCAAAUGUAAGAGAAGUAGUUGACCCGAAAAAUGACACAAAAAUUUCUCUUGAAGAUGCUAUUCGAAAAAACAUUAUUAAUACUAAACACUCUAAGUACAUACACAAUGUAACUAAAGAGAGAUUAUCGUUUAAAGACGCGGCGCAAAAGCGGUAUAUUUGCAAACCAAUGACUUUAAAAGACGUAUGCGAUAAUAAUUUAAUGACAAAUGAUGGUAAAAUACUUUCACCUUCAAAUAGGGCUCCUUUGAAUAUACUUGAGGCAAUUUCUGUAGGCGUUCUCGACAGUGACAAUGUAAAAUGUAUUACUGACACUACAACCGGUCAACUUCUCACUUUAUCCGAAGCGUUAGGUGCUAAAAUUAUAAUGCAUGAUAACAAAUUCCGUGAUAACUUAACAGGAGAAAUUUUCACUAUACCCGAGGCGGUAGAUCGCGGUUUAAUAACAUCGGUUUCACAAAAAUCAAUUUUUGAUAUUGACGGUUUUAGGGAUCCAAAAACAGGUGAAUUCAUUUCAUUUAAUGCUGCACUAAGUAAAGGUAAUCUUAAAUAUGCAAACGGGGAGGCGUUCCUGAAAUCAGAAAGCGGCGACUUUGUUUACUUAGACGAUUGUAUUAAAGUUGGCACAGUUAGACCUGAAGUCUUAGAAAUGUUCAACAGAAAAGUAGGCAUUUAUGAAAAUGGUAAAGAACUCAGUGUAUUUGAUGCAGUAUUCAAAGAUAUUCUUGAUCCCAAAUCAGGGCAUUUACUAGAUGCGAAAACUAAGAAGCCUAUUCCGUUCAAUAAAGCCGUUGAGAUUAAUAUGAUCACACCGGAAGGUGCUGCCUUGUUAAAUUCACUUCUAAAUAUUACUCUUACCUUACAAACAGUAACAAAAACAGUUAAACGUUACGUGACUGUUACAAAUACGAGUGCUUCUCAAAGAUCUGAAAUGGUCAUAACAUUUGCAGAGGCGGUAAGACGUGGUCUUAUUGAUGAAACUACUCAGACAUUUACAGAUCCGACGACAGGCACUGUUUUCCCAAUUCAACAGGCUUUAGACGAAGGUUUGUUAGGUGUAGAGGAAAACGAACCUAGGGUUGUACGUAUAUCCGAUCAAGUAAGUAGAAAAGAUUUAGUUCCAGGACAAGUCGUUGAACUAAAAAUUACUAAGAAGUCUUUCAUUAAAGAUUUGCCUCCAAGUCCUGAAGGCAAGGUCCAACAAGAUAGCAGACCAGAAACAAUUAAGAGUCCUGAUUUUUCGACUCGCGAAGUAAUCCGUCCUCGGGAAGGUCUGAUGAAAGAAAUAAGAACAGUGACGUCAAAGUCUAUUGCUACAGAACCAUCGGUUACCUCACUCACUAUUAAGAAAAACACUAUUGAACUACCCCGGGGUGGUUGGACUCUCAAAGAAGCCAUCCAACAAAAUCUGUUCGAUCCUGUCAACGGCACAUUUACCAUUCCUGGUACUGACAGAGUUUUAGAUUUUGGAGAAGCUCUUAAACUGAAUAUCAUUAAUUCUGAUUCUGCUAAAGCGAUUGAUCCCCGAACUAAGAAAGAAAUAUCUUUAAUUAAAGCCUUAGAACUACGCGUUCUUGAUACCACUGGUCAUUAUAUUAAUCAAUCAGAAAAAAUAACAAUGAAGGUCGCAAUUGAAAGAAAAAUUAUAUAUUUUGUGCAUCAUACUACUUCAACUUCUUCCCAAAAAGUUAUAACAAUUACAUCAGUCGCAGGUAUGCCUGAUAAAAUGGAAAUAUCUGAAGUUUCUAAUUUAUCAUCUUACGGGAUAACAGACGAUCAGUCUGCUUUAGAACCCGUACAAGUUACUCCAAAUACGAUUUUCGAUCCUGCAACGGCAUUAGUUAUAUCUACUACGUCAGGGGUAUCUGAAAAUAUUAUGGAAGCUGUAAAUCGAGGUUCUGUACCAGCUGAUACUGUUAAAGUUAUUGAACCAAAAACAGGUAAUCAAAUUUCACUACAGGAGGCCUUACGCAAAGGUAUAAUUGACAAGAAAUCUGGAGAAUAUAAAGAUAGUAAGGGUAAAUCUAUAUCUCUAGUAGAUGCUGCAAAGGUAGGUCUCAUUGCAGUCGUCGGAGCACCCCUAGUAGGUGCUUCUAAGAUCAUUCAAUUAGUGAAAAGUACAAUGGUAGUUGACCCUAAAACUGGAGAGAAACUACCUAUGGAAGUUGCUUACGAACGAGGGUUAGUUGAUCCUAUUACCUACAAAAAGUAUGAGGAAUCAAUAAGAGAUAAAAUACCUGAAAGCGAUUCUAUUUCUCAAAAUAUAGGAACUUCAAGUAAAGUUACAAUAUCAACAAUAACAUCUCCAGCAUCUUCUCUUGAAACAGUAGUUAUUGAAGAUCCAAAAACAGGUGAAAAAGUACCCCUUCAGAUUGCUCAUGAACGAGGUCUUAUUGAUACAGCAACUUACAAACAAUAUCUUAGUUCUCUUCGAGAACAAUCUCCUAUUGCCAAAAUUGUAUCAUUGCCUCAGGCCUCUGAAAAAGUCUUAGUAGAUCCUAUUACCCAUAGGGAAGUUCCCAUUGAGGAAGCGUAUAAGAAAGGUAUUAUUGAUCAUGAUACCUAUAACACAUUAAAGAAGUCUAUCGUAGAUCCACUAAAUUUAGAUAAGAACUUAGCAACAUAUAGCCAAGUUACGUCCAAACCUAUUUCUGUAGGAGCUGCAGUUUCUGAGGGCUUUAUUACUGUUGAAAGUAUUCAAAAUAGUUUAUCAGCUGAUAAUAGGAAAGUAAUUCAGACGAUAUCGUCAGAGAGACCUCAAUAUGACCGAACUUCUGAAGUAAUUCAAUUAAGUAAAUCUCAGGUACCCGAAAAGCAAAAAUAUAACAUUCAUACAACUAAGGAAGUUACUUUUGAUGCUAAAGUUGCAGAAACUAAACCAAUCGUGUUACAAAAGUUAAGAAAACGCGUUAUUACUCCUUUGGAAGCAGUUGAAAUGGGAUUAUUAGAUAGAGAAACGGCCAAAGUUUUGGAGAGUGUGAAAAUUCACAAAGAUGAGAGUGGUUUGCCAAUUACAUUGGACAAAGCUAUUGAAAAGGGAUUAGUAGAUCCAAGCAAAGGCAAAAUUGUAGAUCCUACUCACGGUCAUGUUUUAAAUAUUCGCGAAGCCUUAGAAAGGGGUGUCCUUGAUGGAGAAGGUCAAGAUGAAGUAUUGAUUCCACUAGCCAAAAGUCUUUCCAUUCCUGAAGUUUUAGAGCAAGGUUUGUUAGAUCCCGCUUCAGGAAAAAUAAUACAUCCUGAAACCGGAAGCCACUUAACAUUACGUGAAGCCAUUAUUUGUGAUAUUGUUGAUCCUUUAUCGGAAGUAACGAUAGCACCAGGUAAAAAUAUAACACUGGCUGCUGCAAUUGAAAAAAAUAUUAUUGAUAAUGACAAAAAUAUCGUAAAAACCAGCGAAGGUCCUUUAAAUUUCGUAUCUGCUGCAAAUGAAAAACUUUUUGCUGAGCCUGAGAAGGCAACAGUCAUAGAAAAUAUUCCGCCAGCGGCAAUGACUUUAUCAGUUGCUAUUCAGAAGAAUAUCAUUAAUCCUGUCACAGGAGACAUAAAGCAUCCCUUAACUGGCGAAGUCAUUCCCGUUGGUGAAGCUAUUAAAAAAGAUUUGCUAAUGGCAAUACCGUACCCACAAACGCCUGAAACGUUAACAUUAGAAGAUGCGCUAAAUAAGGAUGUAGUUAAUUUAAAAGAUGGAACAUUCACUGAUCCUCAUACAAAAGAGUUACUACCUAUAGAUAAGGCUAUGGAGCAAGGCCUUUUAGCAGUAAAACCAAUUUCGGAUACCAUGCAAACUACUGGUGUUGUUACUACAUUUACUGAAACAUUUACUUCUCAGCACACCAUAACUACAAAGAUGAUUGAAUUAUUAGCGGACUAUGUAUUAGUUAGUGCGAAUGAAGUAAAGAAUUCAAAAACUGGUGAAGUUAUUUCCAUGGACGAAGCUCGGCUAAAAGGAAUAGUGAGAGAUGAACAAACUAGUAAGGAACAGUUUAUUACGAGUGAUACGAAUAUUAACUUUGAAGAAGCUCUUAAUCUGGGAUACAUAAAUAUUGAAGAAGGAACAUUUACUCAUCCAAAUACUGGUGAGACUCUCACUAUUUCCGAAGCAGUAAUAACAGGUGUAUUAAACACUGAAUUUACUCAAGCAGAAACAACUAAAUUGGAGCCCACUAAGAAAGAAGAACCGCUUGAUUUACAUGAUGCGUUUGAAUUAUUAUUCGAUGACAAGACACAAAAGUUCAGAGAUCCGAAAUCACCUAAUAAACUUUUGACGUUCAAGGAAGCUUUGGAUAAAAAUGUGAUUAAUCCAGAGUCUGUCAUUUAUAACAUUGAAGCUGGUAAGCCGAUAACUUUACGCGAAGGUGUGAAUUCUGGACUCCUUGACAAGAAGACUGGAAAACUAAAGGAACCUAAAACUGGUAAGUCUGUUGAUAUAAAAAAUGCCGCAAAGAUGGGUUUAAUAGCUGUUGUAGCAGCACCAGUUCUUGCUGGAAUGGCAGUUGUACAAGGAGCAAAAGCAGUCACGAGUAAAAUAAUCACAUCUAAACAUGACACAACACCUCAAGAAAAGAAGAAUGAGGAAGUGAAGGCGAAAGGACCUGAAGUACCUCCCAAACCACCCAAACGAGAAAAAAGUAUUCCUAAAAUGUUAGAAUUAUGUGAAGAAACUUUACCUACACCGUCAAAUAGCUCGACUAAAACGAUUGAACAGAAAUAUCAAACUAUGGAUGUUAAAACUCCCGUUGAACAGAAACCAAAAGACGACAUUGCUCCAAAAAUAAUAACCAAAAAGGAAAAGCAGAAUAAUAUUUCUACUGAUAAGCCUCACCAUCCAAAAUCUAUAGAUAUUGAGUCUGAAGCAGUUCAAAGUAAGUCUUCGGACAAAGAACAAUCAAAUACAAGUAUUAGUGAAAAAGAUGAAAAAGUUCCAGAAGAAAAUGUUAUUAUUCAGAAAUAUAAAGAAAUAACACCCGAAGGCGAAGAAAUUAUAAAAGUUGUUAAAAGUGUAAUAUCUAAAGAAGAGAACCCAAAAAAUGUUAAAGAAUAUCGACAGACUUCACCGGAUGGUGAAAAAGUUAUAAGUAUUACUAAGCAGACAAUGACUAAAACUGGACCUUCAGACAAUCAAUUCGUUGUGGAAGAUAUUAGUCCUAUUUAUAGCGUAAAAGAAGAAUUAAUUGACGGACGCCCAGUCGUUCAUGAAUUUAGACAAACAACUACUGAUGGUGAUGAAGUUAUGACAAUUGUUAAAACAGUCGUAGAGCAAUCAGAUAGUAAGAUUUCAGAGACGAUUGAUGUUGUAGAAGAAGGCCAUUUGCCAAAUGAACAACAAUCGGCAACAGAUAAGGAUUCAUCCAAAGUACCUCUGGAAAGAGAUUCUUCAACGUCUAAUGAAUCUUCUGAAAAUAAAAUAGGAAAAAGUUAUACAUUGUUUGAGGACAAACCAGUUGUACAAGAAAUUAGGAAGAAAACUCCGGACGGCGAAGAAAUUACUACCAUUAUUAAAUCGGUGUCAAAGUCAGAACCUACAAAGCAUAUUACGGAACAUAGUAGCAUUAUGACAUCAACAGUAGCUUCAAAAAUAACAACAGUGGAAAUUACUCAAAAUGAAUCUACAUCUUAUCACGUGAUUACUGAAGAAAUGUGUGAACCUCCGGUAUCAACAGAAAGUGCUAUUCAACAUCCUAUUGAAUCAGAUGAAUUACCUAAAAAUAAAGACAAAACCCCACCUCGAGCAAUAGAACAAUUGGGUGACAAAUUGGCAGAGACACAAAUUGCUGCAGAUAAAGAUGAAACUGAUAAAUCAUUAACUAUCAAAAGAAGUGAUAUCCAAGAUCGAACCUCGAAACCACUUGAAGUGGCUCCCGGUGUUAUUUAUGACCCGAAUACCUCUGUCGUUAUUUCCUCUUCUGGUAUAACUGACAAUAUUUUAGAAGCAGUUAACAAAGGUAUCAUCCCAUCUGAUACUAUUAAGUUAACGGAACCAAAAACUGGUAAAGAAAUUAGUCUGAAGGAAGCUAUCGAUAAAGGAGUCGUGGAUGAAACGUCUGGUAAAAUUAAAGAUAAAUCUGGUAACAAAAUUAGUUUUGCAGAUGCAGCUAAAUUAGGACUUGUAGCUGUAGUGGGUGCUCCUAUCUUUGCAGCUGCCAAAGUUAUUGAAGUCGUUAAAAGUGCAGUUGUAACAGACCCUAAAACUGGCGAAAAAUUACCAAUUGAGAAAGCGUAUGAUCACGGAAUUAUUGACAGUGAUACCUAUAAAAAAUACAAAGAAAGUAUCAAACAGUCGACAAAGGAAUUGCCUGUUGAAAUUGUAGAUCCAAUGUCAUCUGAACCCUUAGAUAAACACAUCAAACAAAUAACCUCGCUCGGCGAGGUUAUAAGUACUGAAAUAAAACAGCACAAACCAGUUGUUACUGAAACUGUUACUACUGAGGAAACAUUAGUCGGCUUCGAAAAGCCAAGUAAUAAAAUCUUGUCAGAUGCAAAGAACAUAUCUGCUAUGCUUAUAGACGCGGAAAGACAACCGUUAAGAGUGAUUGAUGAAAUCACAGAGCAAAAUGUAACUAAAUUCAAAUCUGAACCCACUAAACCAUUGUACGAAAAUAUAGCACUUAUAGACGCAAUCACGCAAGGUAAAAUAGAACCCAAAGUAUGUAGAAUUAUAAUAGAAGGUAUUGAAUCGCCACUCACCGUCCAAGACUCUUUAGAUCAGGAAAAAAUUAAUAGGUUUACACCCGUUGAUGUUAUUUCCAAAAACUACGUUAUUGUUAGGGACUCCAAACCCAAAUACAGCGUAGCUAUUACACAAAAGUUAACUCCAGAGGAACUAUCUGAAAUGGGUGUUUAUGAUAUUGAACGACAGGUGUUUUUGAAUCCUGAAAGUGGAUCUAAAAUUUCUUUUGAGGAACUUGUCUAUGGUCUCCAAAUUUUUGACCCAGAAAAUAUUCUGGUAAAAGAUCUUGGUUCCAAAUCCGAUAAUUACAUUUCAUUUGACGAAGCACUCGCUAGACCUAUUAUUGAUAAAACAACCGGCCAUAUGGUCAAUCCAAAAACUGGACAACGAAUUCCAUUUUUAAAAUGUGUGCAAAUAGGUUGGAUCGUAGAACGUCCUGAAGACGUUUUUGUUACUGAACAACUAUCUAUUGAACGAGCUUUAGAUCAGGGUCUCUAUAAUCCUAAUACAGGUGAAAUUCAAGAUGUAAAUACUGGAGAGUUAGUUCCUAUUGGCCAAGCAAUAGAAAAAGGUAUUGUCGAUAACGAGUCUUUAUUAAUUAGAAUACCGCAUACUGAUGAAAGUAUUACAUUGUCAGAUGCUCUCGAUCGUGGUAUUAUUGUUAUUCAUGAAGGCGUUCUAACUGUUGUUGAAACGCGCGAAAUAAUUGAAAUUUCUGUCGCCAUUCAAAGAGGUGUAAUUACUUUUAUUCAAAGACCAAUUUCAAUUCAAGCUGUUAUAGAAAAUGAAAUGUAUGAACCGAAGUCUGGAAAAAUCAAAGACAAGGCUACUCAACAACUUAUCAGUGUAGGGGAAGCUGUUAACAGGAAUAUAGUUCACCCUACUAUUUCAGAAAUCAAAGACACAGCUUUAGAGAGGUUUGUUCCACUUUCAGAGGCCCUUGAUACAAAGCUUCUUAAUCCCGAAACAGGUAAAAUUAAAGACAAAAAGACUGGUAAAGACAUUCCAUUAGACGAUGCAUUACGAAAAGGUUUAGUCGCUACAAAAGAUGUUACUUAUUCGCUUUUUGAUGUCAUUGAGUUAGGUUAUUAUUCAGCUGAUACUGGUAGGAUUUUGAGUCCAAUAACAGGAAAAAAUAUAACACUAAAGGAAGCAAUAAAAGAUAAACUCGUUGAUCCAUCAUCAGUUAAAAUAAAAGAUGACAAUUCAGAUUCAGUUGUGCCAUUCCAGCAGGCUGUUAAUAAUGGUUUAGUCGAUUUAGACCAAGGUAUUAUAACGUCCCCCGUUUAUAAUCUGAAAGACGCUAGUGAAAAAGGAUAUUUGCUUAGCGAUAAGAAACCAUGGACACUGCAAGAAGGUUUAGUGCAAGGUUUCUAUGAUCCAGAGACAGGGCUUCUUACCAUUAAUGACAAAACUAUGACACUUGAGGAUGCUAUAAAAAUAGGCAAUAUUAAUCCUGAAGCUUUGACUGUCAAAAACUCCGUUACUGGCGAAAUAAUAUCUUUGGCUGAUGCUAUUCAAGUAGGUAUUAUAGAUUCAAAAGCAGGCAAAGUUCGUGAUCCGGUUCACGGUGAUAAAAUUUCCCUCACGGACGCUUCAGAACGCGGCCUUAUUGUUCCAGCUAAACGCAAGCUUAGCUUGCCUGAGGCCGUAUUUAAAGGAUUUUAUGAUCCGAAAACUGGAAAAUUCUCACAUCCUCAAAGUAAAGAAAAGAUUCAGACAGAUAGAGCUAUUAAAAAGCGUAUUUUAGACCCACAGUCUACCUUAGUGCAUGUAGCGGGUAAAGUGAUACCAUUUGAAUUUGCCGUAGAUAAGGGUGUUGUUGACGGUAGAACGGGAACCGUUGUUCUUGGAGACGAAAGGAUUGAUUUCCGCGAAGCAUUCGAAAGAGGAGUACUAGUUGAAGUGCGUAAACCAUUAUCACUAAUUGAUGCAUUAGAAAAAGGAGUCUAUAAUGAAAUAACAGGAUUAUUCAUGGAUCCUCAGAGUGGCAAAAAGUACACUCUUAGUGAAGCUAUUAAAUUGAAUUUGGUUGACCCUCAUUCAGUUCAUAUUCAAGAUAACAGGUUAGGUAAAUGGGAUAAAUUAACAUUGCCAGAAUCAAUUGAAACUGGGGUCGUCGACGUCGAGACCGGCAAAAUUAAGAACAUAAAUAAUGAAAACGAAGAGAUUAGCCUUCGUAAAGCUUUUGAAAUUGGUUUGCUCAUUGACAGCAAAGCACCGAUAAGUCUGCAACGAGCCUUGCAUCAAGGUUUAUAUGACGAUACCACGGGUAAAAUUGUAGAUCCUCUUACGAAUCGCAAAAUUACACUACACGAAGCCAUUAGGCGAUCUAUCAUUAGCCCUAAAUAUUUGUGCUAUUUUGACAAAAAAUCGGAAAAACCAUUGACAUUGGCAGAAUGCUGUCGUAGCGAAAUAAUUGACAGACGAAGUGGUAAGUUCCUCGAACCCGGUUCUGACGUUCAAGUUCCCCUGUCUGAAGCUAUGAGUCUAGGUCUGAUAGUCGAUAUUGAAAGCGCAGGAUUCACACUCUAUGAAACAUUAGCAAUGAAUAUGUAUGAUAUCACUGAACUUUUCUUUAUCCAUCCUGUAAGUGAAAGAAAGAUAUCUCUGAAAACUGCAAUUGCUCAAGAACUUAUCAAUCCCGAAACGUCAUUAGUAAAACAUAUUCCAUCAAGCAAGUAUAUUAAAUUAGACGAAGCUAUACAAAGCGGCGUUGUAAAUGAUGAUAACAGCGUUUACGUAUUACCAAAUGGAAACCAGAUUAAUUUGUUAGACGCUAAACAUCGCGGUCUGAUUGUGACGUCUAGAAAGAACUUAAGUCUUGAAGAAAUUAUCAGGAAUGGUCUAUUUAGAGCAGACAAUGGUAGAAUUGUAGAUCCAAGUACUAACGAAUUCAUAGAUAUUAACAAAGCUAUAGAAGUCGGAUUGUUAAAUCCGAAUCUUACGGUUGUAAAAGACCAUUUUAACAAUAAAUUCAAACCGUUCCCUCUCGCUAUACAGCAAGGUGAUGUUGAUGUGACUAAGGGUAGGGUCCUCGACACAAAGGCGAAAAAAACUUACAGUCUAGAUAUUGCUUUUGAUAAAGGACUUCUAGUCACCGUUAUUCAACCUCUUACGUCACAAGUAGUGAGCAAACGAUACGUACCAGAUUCGUCCGCGUCAAAGGAGCCAGCUCUCAGAGAAUUCACUCUAGAUGAAGCCAUCAAAUACGAGUUUAUCGACCCCGACACAGCUGUUAUUAAAGAUCCUCAUAAGAAUAAAUACAUUCCAUUAAGAUUAGGUAUAAGUGAAGGGAUUAUCGAUAAAAAUGCAAAAGGUUCGUUUGAUACUCAAAAUAGGUCGCGCACUCUCUGUUUCGUUUUCGAAAACGGUUUAAUUGUGUAUGUACGAGAACCCCUGACAUUCGAACAAGCGAUUGAAAAUGGUCAACUUAACGUGAAUAUCGCUCGGUUUACUGAUCCACAUUCCAGAGAAGUAUUAACAAUAAAAGACGCGGCCACAUUAGGCUACAUUGAUUCGGACACUGCGCUCAUCAAAGAUAAUCUCAAGAAGAGGUUAGUCAAGCUUCCCGAAGCAUUCCGCAAAGGACUUAUGGACGCUGAAAAGGGCAAUAUUUUGGAUACAGAGACCUCCAAACUAAACUCGUUGUCUGCCGCAAUCGAAAGCGGUUUGCUGAUGACUCCAAAGAAGAGUUUCUCCUUGAUCGAGACAUUGAAUUUCGGUAUUUACAAUCCUACUACCGGAGCACUUAAUGAUCCAUUUAUUACAACAAGUGUGAUCGACAGAAAGAGACUUAAUUUAGGCGAAGCCAUCCAACAAGGCAUAGUAGACCCAUCGAGUACAGUUGUGAAAGAACCCGAGACGGGAAAAAUAUGCCCAUUGGUUCAAGCUAUCGAACAAAAGUUAGUUGAUCCCGUCGAAGGCAGGCUGGUCAUAGAUCCAAAGAAGCAGAUCAGUCUAGAUUUAGUCAAAGCUCUUAAAAAGGGAUACUUACUGCCAGCAGAAACUAGGCAAGCAGUUGAAGAGAAGUACAGGCUUUGUGAUGAGACGCUUUCGAAGUUACUGGAAUGGAUUGCCGUUGUGGAAGAGAGGCUCGCCAACCAAGAGGCAGUCAAGGAGGACAUGGAUGAACUGCGCAACCAGAUUAACAUCCUCAAGCUGAUCAAAGACGACUUGGAGAGUCAUCAACGCCAAGUAUCCGCGUGUGCUGAUCAAGCGAAGCAGCUCCUCGUCUCUGGCGGCGACGUCCUAGCUCCACAUGAGGUGGCAGCACUAGAGCGAGGGGUGCGCCAGCUUAAACAACGCUGCGACAAGUGCACUGAGAAGUGUGACAAGAUGCUCAGACGGCUUGCAGCAGCUAGGGAUGAGCUUGGCAAAUUCACUAACGAACUAAGCACUUUUAACACCUGGAUGGAAGGUGCUUACCGCACGCUAGAAGACAAGGAGGCCGCUCUGUCCAGACCAGACCGUCUGCCGGACCAGGGAGAGGACAUCAGGGAAUUCGUGUCCGACGUGAUCGCGCACCAAGCGGACCUGAGAUUUAUCACCAUGUCUGCGCAGAAAUUCGUCGAUGAGAGCAAGGAAUUCCUGAAUAUUCUGAACGAGUACCGCACCUCCCUCCCGUCUCGGCUCUCGCACGUCCCUCCCACGUCCGACAGUGCCGUUAGAGAAGGCGCAGCUUUGGCUAGAAGAAGACACGGAGACUUAGCUGCCAGAGCACAGAGAUUGCAAGAGAGAUUGAGAGGAGCUGCCUUGUUGACGAGGCAAUAUAACGAUGCGUUAGAUCGUGCUUCUAGAUGGCUGUCUGAUAUCGAGCCCCAAGCCCGCGCGGUGUUGUCCGAACCAGUGGGCGGGGAGCCCCGCGCGGUUGAAGCCCAGCUCUCCAAGGCCAAAACCUUGCACAAUGAGAUCUUAUCGCAAGGACGGCUCAUUGACAACGCUAAGGAUGCAUGCGACCAACUAGUGAAAUCUCUGGAAGGUAAUUUGACUCCCUCUGAAAUCCGUCAACUGGAAGUGCCAGUACUAGACCUAACAGCCCGAUACAAAGACCUCACCGGCGCGGUUGGUUCUAAAUGCAGCGAACUGGAAGCGGCUUUGUUGCAGUGCCAAGGGCUGCAGGACGCGGCUGAGACGCAAGCACAUUGGCUGGGACAAGUUGAGGAUGUUUUCAAGAACCAACAAAAGCCAGCUUCGUUGAUCCGCGAGCGGCUCGACGAGCAAGUUCGCUCGCACCGCAUCGCUCACGGCGAGAUCGAGGCGAGACGGCCGACUCUCGCCAAACUGGUCAGUGCGGCCAGAGACGCCGCACUCACGCCAUCUAACGCUAGGAUUGCGAAGAAGUUGGAGCAACGAGCUGAAGAUAUUUACGCUAAAUACGAGAAACUCCUCGAGAAGUCAAUCAAACGCGCUCAUUUCCUGGAUGAAGUGUCAGUAGAGCUGUUGACGUUCAGCCAGCAAGCGUCGCAGCUGGAGGCCGCGCAGACGCAGCUGUCGGAGCUCAGCGACGCGCGGCUGCCGGCCGCCGACCUCAGGGCCAGGCUGCAGGACCUAGCUCAUGCCAGGGACAAACAAAUGCCGUUGUUGGAGGAAUGCCUGCGCAAUGGCAAGCAACUGAUCGCCAAGAAGGAUGUCACCGAUACACACGUCGUGCGUGACAGGAUGAAGGCUCUCGAAAAUCAAUGGCGUGACUUCAACGCGACCCUGGAAGAGAAGGAGAAACUGUCCAGGCAGCGCGCAGACCAGCUCAACCAAUAUGAGACUCUCAAAGUACAGGUGAUAGAAUGGCUGCACGCUAUGGAAGGGCGCGUGGGCCGCCUGCAGCCCGUGGCCGUGGACCUCGACCUCCUCAAACAGCAGCAAGAUGAACUUCGUCCGCUGGCCAAAGAGUACAGGGACUUCUCUGUCACUAUUGAUAAGGUGAACGAAGCGGGCGCAGUGUACGAGGCGCUGUCGCGCGGCGAGCGGCCGGACAAGCGGCAGCUCUACAGCCCCACCAAGAGGCUAACACCUAGUCGUACUCUGGACGGUCGCUCGCCGUCGCCCAGCAAGGGGCACGGCCUGGUCAGUCCGGGCUCCACACACUCCACCUCCAGCGGAUUCUCAUCGAGACGCUCCAGCCAAGAAGGAUUCCAUCUUGAAGAACUAUCGCCAGUGCAACAGCAACUCUCGGAGAUCAACAACCGUUACAGUCUCCUUGGCACAAAGUUGUCGGACAGACAAGCGGAAAUAGACAGCCUCAGGGAGGAGCUGAGGAAGCAUAUUGAUGCUUUACGUGCGCUGAAUACCUUCUUGGACAAGGUUCAAAGACAACUGCCCAAGGAAUCCGUCCCUAACACGAAGGAAGAAGCCGACAAGACCAUCAAACAGGCCAGAGCAGUACUCGAGGAGAUGUAUGAGAAACAGAGCAUCCUUGAUUCUACCAAGACUCAGGUCCGCGAAGUGCUCCGUCGCAAGCAAAGCGUGUCCGGCGCGGACCAGCUGAACCACAGCAUGGAAGACGUCGCUUCUCGCUGGAAGGCGCUUCAUGAUGCGUUCAAGGACAAAAUCCGCCUAAUGGAAGAGAUGAAGGACUUCCACGACACCCACAGCAAUCUGUCUCAAUGGCUUGGCGCCAAAGACCGCAUGAUGACCGCUCUUGGACCUAUCUCGUCUGACUCCAGGAUGGUCCAGACUCAAGUACAACAGGUACAAGUCCUCCGUGAAGAGUUCCGCAGUCAACAACCACAACUAACCCACUUAGAAGAAGUGGCUGCUGCGGUACUAGAGAGAUUGGAGCCGAGGUCACAAGACGCCAACACACUGAGGCAGAAGGUCAAGGUACUACAAGACCGAUGGAACGACCUUCUGAAUAAACUAGAGAAACGCGCAGAAAGCCUGGGAGCUGCAGCCGAUACGUCGCGCGAGUUCGACGCUGGACUCGCUCGACUGCGGGACGCGUUACAAGCGAUAUCCGACAAGCUGGACGAUGUGGGCUUGGAGAAGGAGCCUACUGAACAACUCAGGAAGAUUGAGAACCUAGAACGCCAGCUGUCAGGCCAGCGCCCUCUACUGGCCGACCUCGAAGCCGCUGGCGCGGCGCUCGCCGACGUGCUGGCCGAGCCUGCCGCCAAACAGGACAUCGCUGGGAAACUAGCGGCCGUCGCGAGGCAGUAUGAUGUGCUGCAGAGGAAACUGGACCUUCGCAAGGCCGAGAUAGAGGCUAAUCUCAAGGACGGCCGUAACUUAGAGGAGAACGUCGCCCGCACCCUCGGCUGGCUGCAAUCAGAACUCGGAGCGUUACCAUCGAGGCUCCAAGUGUCUGCUGAUUCUGUGAAGUUGCAACAGCAGUUGGAGCGACACGAGCCUUUGUACAGAGAUCUGACGCAAAGGGAACAUGAGCUGAUCAUGUUGCUUGACAAAGGUCGUGAAAUGGAGAAGAAACCUGCUCACCAGGGUCUGCGUAAGGACCUCGACCGCAUCCAAUCGCAGUGGGACAAACUCAAGCGAGAAAUCGUCGACAGAUACACUAGACUGCAGACCGCUAUGGAACACUGCCGUAAAUACAGCAAGGCACAGGAGUCGUUCGUGCCGUGGCUCGGCGAAGCGGAGGAGAGGCUCGCCAAGCUGCCGCCCACUGCCUUCAACAAGAAAGACGUUGAGAAGCGGCUGAGAGAACUUCAACAUAUCAGGAACGAUAUCUGGAAGAGAUCUGGCGAGUAUGAAAACAACAAGACUCUUGGUGAAACUUUCAUCUCAGCGUGUGACGUCGAUCAAGAAAUCGUGCGCAAACAACUAGAUUCCAUGAAGGAGAGAUGGGACAGACUUAACAACGAGGUACUCCAACAAGUGGAGUUCCUGGAGAGCGCCGGGCGCAAGCUGGGCGAGUUCUUGGAGCGCGUGCGCGCGGUGGAGACGCCGCUGCAGCGCUGCGAGGACAGACUGCGCGACGCCGGCCGCGCGGCGCCCGCGCACGCGGCCGAAGCUGUGGCCAGGAUCGCCGACCAGAUACACGCUCUGAGGGCCCCCUUACAGAGCAUCAACGCAGCCGCCGACGACAUCGUAACUUUAGCACUAGAAUGUGCCGGACCGGACACGGCGUCCCGCGCCAGACAAGUGCUGGAAGAGCAGUCCCAGGCUUUGGGAGAUAGAUUAGAUGACCUUGAAGCUAGGGCGAGAGACGCCAAGGGGAGAUUGGCUGGUGCUGCUGAAGCUAUGGCGCAUUUCCAGGACAAAGUCAAGAGUCUGUCCCACGAUCUAUCAGACUUAGAAAAGGAGCUGGACGCGAUGAAGCCCCCCGGCCGCGACAUAAAGACGGUGAAACAACAACUAGAUGACAUCGGCCGCUUCUACAAGAGGUUGGAGAAGGCUGACGAUUUAGUUGGCGAUACCGAACGAGCGGCUGAAACGCUGGUCGAUGGUGGAUAUGCUUUGGAUUCUGCUAAGACUAGAGACCAGGUUGAAGGUCUCCGCAAACAACUGGCCAAACUGGAUGAACGCACGCGCUCCAAGGAACAGGACCUGGACGAUACUCUGAGCAAGUUGGAAGCCUUCUACAAGGCUUACGAUUCAGUCAUGGAUGACGUGCAGGAGGCGUCAGAACAAGUCCGCAGUCUCAAACCCGUGUCAUCGGAAGUGGACCAGAUCCGCGCGCAACAACGAGACUUCGCUGAACUUAAGCGUCGUACUCUAGAACCGCUGGGACAGAAUGUGGCGCAUUGUAACAAGAUUGGCCAAGGAUUGGUCAGAUCCGCCUUGCAAGGAGUUAGUACACAGGUCUUGGAGAAGGACUUGGAGAAGAUGAAUGACAAAUGGAACGCUUUGAAGGAGAAGAUGAACGAACGCGAGCGUCGUCUGGACGUCGGGUUACUCCAAUCGGGCAAGUUCGCUGAAGCAUUGGCCGGACUCGAGAAGUGGCUGGCGGAUACCGAAGAUAUGGUCAACAACCAGAAAUCGCCCUCUGCGGACUAUAAGGUCGUCAAGGCGCAGUUGCAGGAGCAGAAGUUCCUCAACAAGAUGUUAAUGGACCGUCAAAACUCCAUGUCGUCUCUAUUCGCGAUGGGCAACGAAGUGGCCGCUGGGUGCGAACCAGCCGAACGCAAGGCCGUGGAGAAACAACUGAAGGGACUGAUGCACAGGUUCGACGCUUUGACAGACGGCGCUCAGCAACGAAUGCUGGCUUUAGAACAAGCUAUGAGGGUGGCCAAGCAGUUCCAAGAACAACUGCAACCGCUUGUGGAGUGGCUGAGCGUCUCGGAACGCAAGGUCAAGGCGUUGGAGCUGGUGCCUACUGACGAGGAGAAGAUACAGCAGAAGAUCAGGGAACACAAGGCACUCCACGACGACAUUAUAUCCAAGCAGCCAGCGUUCAAGCAGCUAACUGAGACCGCCUCCACAUUGAUGGGUCUAGUUGGUGAUGAUGAAGCUACCGUAUUAGCUGACAGACUGCAAGCCGCUACUGACAGAUAUCAAGGUCUAGUGGAGCACAGCGUCCACAUCGGGGCGCUGCUGGACAGCUCCCGCAGGGGCCUGCGGCACCUCGUGCUGACGUACCAGGGCCUGUCCGCGUGGAUGGACGGCAUGGACCAGUACCUCGCCAAGAGGAAGAUACUGCCGGUGCACAUGGAGAAACUGCUCAGGCAGAUGGACGAACUCGCUGAAAAAACCGAAGAGAUCGCCUCAAAACAAGAGGAGGUCGACAGCACAGUCGAAUCAGGCUUGGAAUUGAUGAAACACAUCUCAGGCGACGAAGCGCUACAACUCAAGGACAAACUGGACGCAUUGCAGAGGAGAUACAACGAUCUGACCAGUCGUGGUGCGGAGUUGUUGAGAGUAGCCACUGAAACUCUGCCGCUGGUCCAACAGCUGUAUAACAGCCAUAGCAAAUUGACCGAUUGGAUGUCGGGCGCGGAGUCAGUGUUACAAGCGGUGGAGCCGCGCGAGGAAGACAUCUUGCGUCUCGAAGCAGAGAUUCAGGAGUUCAGGCCUGUGCUUGACAACAUCAACCUGAUCGGGCCGCAGCUGUGCCAGAUAUCCCCCGGAGAGGGCGCCACUCACAUCGAAAGUAUCGUGACCCGAGACAACCGACGGUUCGACACGAUCGCCGAGCAAGUACAGCGCAAGGCUGAGAGGCUACUGCUCAGCAAGAAGCGCUCCCUGGAAGUGGUGGGUGAUAUGGAAGAAGUCCUCGAAUGGCUGCGCGCCGCCGACGCUCAACUUCGUGACGCUGAGCCUCCCAGCAGCGUCCCAUCGAGAGUCAGGGCUCAGUUAAAACAACAGAGGCCUUUGAACGAUGACGUAGCUGCCCAGAGGGUUAGAGUGAAAGAUCUGCUCAGUCAAGCUAAGAAGGUCCUUCGCGAAUGCCAUUCAUCUGAAGAAACUGCAGUCAUUCGCGAACGAAGCGAAGAACUUAAGGAAAUGAUGGAGGAAGUCGGUCAACUCAGCGCCGACCGACUAGCCGCUUUGGAACAAGCGUUGCCUUUGGCUGAACACUUUGCCGAUACUCACCAUGGCUUGUCCUCGUGGCUGGACGACAUGGAGAAGCAGAUCGAGAUGCUGGCCAUGCCCGCGCUCAGGCCGGAGCAGAUCGCCCAGCAGCAAGACAAAAAUGAGAUGCUGCAAUCAUCGAUCGCCGGGCACAAGCCGCUAGUGGACAAGCUGGUGAAGACCGGAGAAGCACUGUCACAUCUCUGUGGAGAAGAAGACGCAGCCAGAGUACAGGACAUCGUGGAGAGCGACUGCGAGAGAUACAACGCCUUGAGAGCGGAACUUAGACAGAGACAACUAGAAUUAGAGCAGGCGCUGCAGGAGUCCUCGCAGUUCUCGGACAAGCUGGAGGGCAUGCUGCGCGCGCUGGCGGGCGCGGCCGACCAGCUCGCGCGCGCCGAGCCCGUGUCCGCGCACCCGCCCAAGAUCGAAGAUCAAAUUGAAGAUAACAACGCACUUGUGGAGGACUUAGAGAAACGCACGGAAGCAUACAAUGCGGUGCAAAGGGCGGCCUCUGACGUCAUCAGCAAAGCUAACAAGAGCGACCCCGCCGUUAGAGACAUUAGGAAUAAACUGGACAAGUUACACAAACUAUGGGACGACGUCCAAAAAGCCACAAACGACCGCGGCAAAUCCCUCGACGACACCCUAGAAAUUGCCCGCAAGUUCUGGGCUCAACUUAACGCAGUGAUGUCUACACUAUCCGAACUACAAGACACGCUGACAGCCCAGCCUCCGCCCGCAGCCCAACCUAGGGCCAUACAAGCCCAACAAGUUGCCUUACAAGAGAUCAGGCAUGAGAUUGAUCAUACCAAACCUGAGGUGGAGAAAGUCCGCAAGACCGGAUCUACUCUCAUGUCGCUCUGCGGCGAGCCGGACAAACCGGAAGUGAAGAAGCACAUUGAAGAUCUGGACAGCGCUUGGGACAACAUCACGGCGCUGUACGCGAGGCGAGAGGAGAACCUCAUUGACGCCAUGGAGAAGGCUAUGGAAUUCCACGACACGUUACAUAAUCUCCAAGAAUUCCUGGACCGUGCGGAAGAUAAGUUCUCUCACAUGGGCCCGCUCGGGUCCGACAUCGACGCGGUCAAGCGACAGAUCUCACAGCUGGCCGCCUUCAAGCAGGAGGUCGACCCGCAUAUGGUCAAAGUGGAGGCAUUGAACAGACAAGCGCAAGAGUUGACCGAACGGACGUCAUCAGAACAAGCGGCGGCCAUCAAGCAACCUCUGACAGAGGUCAACAACCGCUGGUCCACAUUGCUUCGAGGCAUGGUGGAACGACAGCAACAGCUGGAACGGGCGCUGUUGAGGCUGGGACAGCUGCAACACGCGCUGAAGGAGCUGUUGACCUGGAUUCAGAACACCACCGAGACUUUGGAUACUUUGAAACCGGUGGCCGGCGACCCGCAAAUCCUGGAGGUGGAGCUGGCCAAACUGAAGGUGCUGGUGAACGACAUCGCGGCGCACCAGGCCAGCGUGGACACGCUCAACGACGCCGGCGCUCAGAUCGUGCAGCAGGGUACGGGUACAGACGAGGCGGGCGAGACAGCCGAGAAACUGGCAACACUGAACAGGAAGUGGCGCGAGUUGCAGCAGAAGGCCAGGGACCGCCAGACAGAGUUGGAAGAUGCGCUCAGAGAGGCUCAGAGCUUCAACGCAGAGAUCGGCGACCUCCUCUCCUGGUUAACCGAGGUGGACAGUGUCAUCGCGGCCUCCAAGCCGGUCGGUGGUCUCCCUGAAACCGCCUCCGAACAACUCGAGCGAUUUAUGGAAGUGUACAACGAGAUAGAAGCCAACCGGCCGAAGGUGGAAGCGGUACUGCAGCAGGGCCAGGAGUACCUGAAACGCCAGGAGAAGCCCAACCCCACCUCGCUGCUGCACCACAACCUGAAGAACUUGAAGAGCAGAUGGGACAGCGUUACUGCCAGAGCAUCAGACAAGAAGAUUAAGCUGGAAAUAGCCUUGAAAGAAGCGACGGAGUUCCACGACGCGCUGCAAGCGUUCGUCGACUGGCUCACCAGCGCUGAGAAGACGCUGACGUCAGCCAAACCUGUCUCCAGGGUCAUGGAGACUCUGCUCACACAAAUCGAAGAGCACAAGGCGUUCCAGAAAGAAAUCGCGACGCAUCGCGAGACAAUGCUGCAUUUGGACAAGAAGGGCACACAUCUCAAGUACUUUAGUCAGAAGCAGGACGUUAUUCUCAUCAAGAAUCUGCUGGUGUCUGUGCAACAUAGAUGGGAGCGAGUGGUGUCGAAGGCAGCCGAAAGGACCCGAGCGUUGGAUCACGGUGCGAAGGAAGCUAAAGAAUUCGCUGAUAUGUGGAACAACCUGAUGCAUUGGCUGUCUGACACUGAGAAACAACUGGACGAGUUGAACUCUGAAACCACGGUCAAUGACCCUGAGAAGAUCAAACAGAGGCUGCAUAAACACCGCGACUUCCAAAAGGCGCUCGCGGCCAAACAGCCCUCGUACGACCAGACCAUGAAGACCGGCAAGCAGCUCAAGGACAAAGCGCCGAAGACAGACGAACCGACCCUCAAGACCAUGCUGGCAGACCUCAAGGCCAAGUGGACCACAGUGUGCUCCAAGGCUGUUGAUAGACAACGCAAGCUAGAAGAGGCGCUUCUCUAUUCUGGUCAGUUCAAGGACGCCAUGUCAGCGCUGCUGGAGUGGCUGAAGAAGCAGCAGAAACUGCUCGGCGGGGAUUCCCCCGUGCACGGAGAUUUAGAUACUGUUAUGGCGCUUAUUGAACAACAUAAGCAAUUCGAGGAAGACCUGCAUUCUCGCGAACAGCAGAUGCAGUCAGUGCUCAAGACCGGGAAAGAUCUGGAAGCCACGGUGCCAUUCGAUGACGCCAACAAUAUUCGACAGCAAUGCGGCGAGCUGCGUCGCGCUUGGGACGACGUCAUCUCCCUCAGUGAGAAGAAGGCGCAUAAGCUGGAAGGAGCCUUGAAAGAGGCGGAGAAACUCCACCGUUCGGUGAACAUGUUGCUGGAGUGGCUCUCGGACGCGGAGACCAAGCUUCGUUUCUCCGGCCAGCUGCCUGAGGGCGACCACGACACGCAGAUACAGCUGAGGGACCACGAAAGAUUCAUCUUCGAGCUGAAAGAGAAGCAGCGCGACAAGGACGACACGAUAUCGCUGGCUCACUCGAUCCUGGGCAAGGCUCAUCCCGACGCUGUCACCGUCAUCAAACACUGGAUCACCAUCAUACAGAGUCGGUGGGAUGAGGUAUGGCAAUGGGCAAUGCAGCGUGGUGGCAAACUGGAGGCGCACAUGCAGAGUCUGAAGGACCUGGACCUCGUGUUGGAAGAGCUACUCAAAUGGCUCAUCGGUUUGGAGAAUACUCUGCUUUCGUUGGAGUCAGAACCGCUGCCAGAAUCCAUCGAGCUGCUGGAAGGCCUCAUCGAAGACCACAAGGAAUUGAUGGAACACACGCAGAAGAGGCAGAAUGAGGUCGACCGCGUAUGCAAGGCUUACCAGAUUAAGAGCCAGAGCCAAGGUCGCGAGUCCACGCCCAGAAAGGUUUCAGCCAAGACCGCCACUAAGGGCGCACCUGGACGCGGCUCCCAACACGACCUCAGUAGGGAGAGGUCCGUAUCACCAGAUUAUUACGGCAGUAGGCGUUACAGGUCCAGGAUACACAAUGGCAGUAGGAGAGGAAGUCGGAUCAGCCCGGGACGUGACAGCCCUGAUCGCAACCUGCCACACUACGGGCCCAGGUUCCCGCCAAAGGGCAGCAAAGGCUCCGAGCCAGAGUUCCGGUCACCACGCGUUAAGCAACUGUGGGACAAAUGGCGAACCGUGUGGUUACUCGCGUGGGAACGUCAGAGGAGGUUGCACGAGAGGCUAGCUCAUCUCAAGGAGCUGCAGCGAGUGUCCAACUUCAGCUGGGACGACUGGAGGAAGAGGUUCCUCAAGUUCAUGAACCACAAGAAGUCCCGUCUGACGGACCUGUUCCGCAAGAUGGACAAGGACAACAACGGGUUCAUACCCAGGAACGAGUUCAUCGACGGAAUCAUCAACACCAAAUUCGACACGUCCCGUCUGGAGAUGGGCGCCGUGGCCGACCUGUUUGACAGGAACGGCAGCGGGCUCAUAGAUUGGGAGGAGUUCAUAGCAGCUCUCAGGCCUGACUGGGUGGAAAGACGCGGUCCACCGACGGACGCAGACAAGAUCCAUGAUGAAGUGAAGCGGCUGGUGAUGCUGUGCACGUGCCGACAGAAGUUCAGGGUGUUCCAGGUCGGCGAGGGCAAAUACAGGUUCGGAGACUCACAGAAACUUCGCCUGGUCCGAAUCCUCCGCUCCACCGUCAUGGUGAGAGUCGGAGGCGGCUGGGUGGCGCUCGACGAGUUCCUGGUCAAGAAUGACCCCUGCCGAGCUGAAGAAUUUAUGGAGCAGCUGAAGCCGAUAUUUGAGGCUCUAAGGCAGCGGGAAGAGCUCCCGUGUUCCUACCCGCUGCACGUCGGGUCUACACACGGCACAAAGCAGGCGUUCAUAUAUGGGCAUUCAAGAUCUCAAGGUUCGACAACGCCUGGCGCGCACCACUAUACCCAUCACCAUGGAUACCAGCCCUCACCAGGAUACCACUGGGUGAGAGAACGCACGGCCCGGUCAGUGCCGAUGUCAGGCGGAGGCGUGGCAGGACGGGCCUCACGAUCCUCACUCAGCGCGGGCACGCCUGACUCCCUUAGUGACAACGAAGCAGCUAGCGGACUUGGAUCUAGAUAUAGAAAACCCAGCGUGCCAAGAUCAACGCUAACGCCAGGAGGUUCUAGGCCAGGUUCGAGACCGGGGUCGAGGACGGGCUCGAAACCACCUUCUAGACAUGGAUCAAAUCUCUCAUUAGAUAGUACAGAUGAUGUCACAACGCCAUCUCGUAUUCCAAUGCGCAAAGUGACAAACACACGAGCUUCAAUAGCUCGCGCGGCCGCCACUGCUAGUAAACUCGGCGUGACGACGCCUAAUGGCAACUCACGGCCGCGCACACCUACUGGCUUCUUAACGCCAGCCAGUGGAAGGUACGGUAGCGGAGCCAUGUACCGCACUUCAAGUAUACCAACACUGGCACCCGUGCCGGCGCUACUGAGUUCAACACAUUCCCAGCCAUCAUCAAUGGCUUCUGAAUAUCCUAAAUCCCAAUCACACAAUCACCCAGCAUUCCAAACUCCAGGUUCUACUAAAAUUCCUAUUUAUGUUGGAAAUCGUUCACAAAGAUCGCCUUCAGUUGAAAGGCGAAUUAAAAAAUCCAACAAAUCUCAAUCUAGAGAGGUUUCUCAAGAACCUAGUCCUACUUCCCAAGAUCCCUCAAGAAAAUCCGAGCAGAGAAGUCCCGAAGACGACUCCUCACUGUUCAGCAUAUCGGGAAUGACAAGCGACAAUGAAUAUGAAAGCAAUAUAAGCGAGUCGAGUGGCGAAGCCUCAAAGCCAACCCAACGAGAUGCCAAAGGAAGCGGGUCGUUUGCCUCAACCGAUGGACAAACGCCCGGCCGGAGUCGCAUCCCCGUAUUAAAGGAUCACCAUACUAACUGUAAUCUCAAUAGGCAAAGAACGCCGUCGGGAAGUACUACACCGGUUCGAUCAGGACAGCAGACCGCCGUGACGCGGUUACUGCGGAAGCCUUCGGAUGCGUCUGACAACGGCGCCCCCGCCACCCCCACUUCCCGACGUGGAACUCCAGCAUCUUCACGAACAACGGAGAAACGCGAACCAUUCCGAUUGUAGACGAUAUUAUAAACAAAAUGCCAAUUUAACGCAAUCAUAGCGUUAUUUUUAAAUAUAUUAUUAAUUUGAAAAUAAUGCCGUGAUUGUUACCUAUGAUAUGCUAGUCGCUGCGAUAGUUAGUCAAUUUGUCGCUCAGUUUUUUUCGCAAAUUUGUAAUCGUAUUAUACGCCAAAAUAAAUUUAAAUGUACCCCACCAUUCAAAACGUAAGUCGGAGCGGCUAGCAAAGCAUGGAGGCAAGUGCCCAUUUAUUAUAUAAAUAAUAAUACUAACAAUGAAUUAACCAAUUCGCGAAUUAAGCCAAGCUUACAAUCGAAUUUGCGAAUGUGGCUUUUUAUUUAAGUGAAAACAAUAGAUGGUAGUAGUAAAACUUAAAGUCUGCACUUGUUGCCUUGUAUACUUAUUUUUUUUCUACGAUUCGUGCGUUAUUGUACACGUUGGACUAUUUUAUUUAUUUUGUGCUGUCAGUAUUCCCCAUUACGUUCGAUUUUUAGCAAAUUAUCAAAACUUUGUGAAUAUUCCCCCUGUUUCUCUUAUUUAUUGUCAACGUUGCCAUAAUUGUUAGUGUAUGUUUUGUAUGUUAUACGUAUUAGCGUCUCUGCGGAGACUCGGAAAAGUGUGAUUUAUAACCUUUUUUGUAAUAUUUUCUUUUAGGGACCAUUUUGUUGAUGAACUAAGAAGAUAGGAGAUUGUUGGUGACUGCUUUUGACAUAAUCGCAAUCUGACUCAUAGUUACGCCAGACUAUGUUCUCCGAUAGAAGUGUUGAAAGAUGUCACUUACAAUAUGUUAAGGUGAUAAUAGCAUUAUUUAUAAAUAUUUUCUUUUGUAAUGCACAAUCAUGGUUUCAUUUAGAUUCUUUUUGUGUUCAAUUUUUGUUGUGAUGUAUUUCUAUCUACCGAUCUUUAUCGUACAUUUAUGUAUAUGUUAAUUUUUGCACAAUUUAUUGUUGUGAAGGUAUCUUUCAGCAGGUAAAUGGCAAGUGCCUUCGACUGUCGCCAGAGUCGCUGGUAUUUGUUGUGUUUAUCGAAAAUAUGCUCAUGUUAAAUUCCACAGCGGAUUUUUAUUUUUAAGUGAAUUAACUGAAGUACACGUUGUCGCAAAAGACAUUUACUUAAUAAAAGCUAAGUUCUACUUUUGUAUAAGAAGUAAAAUGCUUCUAAAUGUAACCUUCCUUGAUUUAUAAUGUUAACCAACUUUCUCAUGUUAAUUUUUUAUUAUUAUAAAUCUGACUCUAUUCUUAAGCCAUUCAUUUAUUAUUAGAGUUAUUAAACUAUUAAUCUGGUCAUUUUUAUUUAAAUCAUUGUUGUAUUUGUUAAAUAUAAAAUCAAAGCAAAUUUACUAAAGAGCUUGCAAUUUUUGUAUAAAAUAAUGAUCCUGAACAGCCGCAGUCUUAAAAUCUCAUAUUGAUUUCAAAAUAUAAAAUAAAGAAUAACAAACAUUA